UUUAGAUUUAUACAGAUUUAGCUGCACGUAAGUAAUAACUGCGUAUCAAGACAAAUAAGCCUAUCCGUUGUUUAUUUUUCAUUUGCCGUCGGUAUAAAUUAAUUGGAAAAAUAGAGUAAUGGUCAGAUAUAUCUGAAAAUAGGCCUCUAGUUGGAAUGGUUACCGUACUAAUUACGGAUGAUGGAAGAAGUACGUGUAAAUAUUUUUACUAAGGGUAACGUGGAACUACCACUGAUACUGAUUUGACUUAAUGUUUGGACACUGGAGUAUUUUAUGGAAAAGACAACUAACAGUUGAAGAAUUCAGUCUCAGACGAUCUUUUAAAUAAGGUUUCAGAUCUGACGUUUUAAGAAAAUCAACUGAGUUUCGAAUAGUUUGACAUUCUUAUCUAAACGAAGCAUUAGCUGCAUCAUUUGAUACGAAGUACUUUCAGGUCAGCAGCUAAACUAUCUUGAAGAGUUUUCGUGAAGCAUUUUCCAGAUUCACUGAAUGUGACGACGCCUCCGAUAUGGCCGUUCCGCAUGAGUUUGCGGUGGCAACGGCUGGUCACCACCUUCUCAGCAACAUUUCAUCCACCCUUGUUCCUAUUACUGAACAAGAUUAUACGUCACCUAACAAUAUAAGUUACAAUAGUAAUGGCCAUGUGUGGAAUAUAAUAUCAUGGACGGCUUUUUGUGUAAUUUUUGUUGUGGGUGUGACUGGAAACUGCUUCGUCUUGUGCAUGACUUGUCGACCGAGCUCCCGGUUGUCGAUCAGUACCAUAAAUACCUACGUAAUGAACCUCGCUGCCGCUGAUCUUAUAUACGUAUUACAGUAUUUAUUCUUCACGAUCGGCAAUCACCUUCCAUCGGGCUGGCCGUUCGGAAUGAUCGGCUGCAAAGUGAUAAUUAGCUUAGAUAUAGUGGUUAUGUUCGUCGGUGCGUAUAUACUAGUUGCGAUGAGUAUUGAACGCUUCGUAGCGAUUGUCUUUCCAAUGCAGUCGCUUCAGUGUCGGAGUUUGCCCUGUUCUCGCUGGGUCUGUGGCUCGUUGUGGGUAAUAGGUGUAGUAGCGGUCGGGAUUCCGUACGCUUUUCACUAUGAAAAUUUCUUCUACGAAGAAGAAGUCAGGUGGUCGUGCAUAUGGUCACACUCCUUAAAAGCAUUUCAGAAGUACAUGCUCGGGAUUUGCGUCACCGUACUCAUCGUUCCGUCAAUUAUGUUGUUAGUCGUCUACUCGUCGCUUUUAAUUCAUUUUUGGAGGACCGUAGGCCAGGUGGGAGCUAGCCUGAAUAAGAAUCUUCGCCGCAGCAAACGACGCGUCGUGACCGUAGUAUUUCUGAUUGUGCUAGCAUUCUGGAUCUGCUACAUUCCAUUCUGGACUUGGAUGAUGAUAGCAAAUUACACGGACUACGAGAACAAUGUUAUUGGUUUAUCCACUGUCAUACUCUCCUACACCAAUAGUUGUGUAAAUCCGUUGUUGUAUACUUUGCUGACGAAUAAAUUCAACCGAUGGCGUGAAUCAAAGAAAAGUAGCAGAUCCACAUCAAAGAUUGCUCUGAGAUCAAUAUAAAAAUUCAUUAUUUCGAGGCAGCCAGUCACAUAUGUUAUACUUAUUUUUAUUGCAUCCAUCUCAUGUUCAAACAUUAACGUAAUUCUCGCGCGUAUUUUUAAAUAAGUUUACGCUUUCAUCUAAUCGGAUGGAACUCAAGAAAGCAUUGAAUAAUGAAUGCGGACUCGUUCAUUAUGAUGUCAAUUUUGUGAGGAAAUUUUGAUUGAAAUGUCCUUCUUGAUGCCGUUAUACUGAGAAUUCACUGCGAUGCAUGCGAUGCAAUAUCCAGAUUUUCUUAAGAUUUUUUAAAUAUAAAUUGCUUUGAUGUUUUAGUGUAAAAUUCCGCGCGGCUAUCAGACAAAGCAAGGUAUGCAUUGGCACUUUUUUUUGGCGAAUAUAUCGCAUGUCCAUACGUUGAUAGCGUCAUCUGUUUAACCUUUACGAUUCUUCAUGGGUUUCCGUUUUUAAAUCGAACUUUCAGCUAAUACAGUGGUGUGUGUAUAAUUUGCUUAAACACACGUUAAACCUGUGAAGACAUCACCAUCGUUCUCGAUGAGAAUAAGGAGCUCUAAUUCAACAAAAAAUAAUACGAUAGAAAUAUCAGAACAAACACAAUUCUCUUUACAUAUGUUUGAUCAUUUCUUGUCGUUUUAUUCGAGCAUUUGACGCAAUUCUAAUAAUUACUAACCAGCGGGCCCAUAAGACAUUUGAGCAGCGGUGACACUGUAAUUGCUCUAUUUACAUCCUAUUGUUACAAUAUUCAUAUUGAGUUAAAUUAUCUUUGAUUUUUAUGCUUCGGUUGCCGUAGGAAAUUACGUGUUCUUUAAAUUAGGUUUUUUUUUUCUAGAUCUUGAAAUAGUUUACAAUUUCUCAGUUGAAUUUGUGUUUAGAUUUCUUGUCGGAAAGAUUGAGUGCACGUAGUGUACGCCUGUAUUGUUGUAUUUCUGAAAGGGUAUCGUAUAUAAUUAGCGGGGGAAAAGUAUAUGAUAAACGAGCACUUUAGUUUUUGCAAAAUCUAUAAAUGUCUUAAGGUAAUUAUGAAUAGAAUACAAUAUUUGUAAAAAAAAAAUAAUAUUACAAUAAUUCAGAGUGGCGUAUAUGAGCUACUAAUCCAAUUACAGUACGAUCUGUGAAUGUUGUACUUUAAGGUAUAAAUGGAAAAUAAAAAAAAGAACAAUUGUGACGUCAACUUAACAAAGAACCAUUUUAAAUAUGUAAAUACUAACACAGUAUGAUUCAUGUCUCUGAUUGGAUGUUCUUUACAGAAACUAGGCGUACUUAAAAGACGCGCGCCCACUGAUAUGUUGUGAACCGUCGAAAGACUGGACGAAUCUGGUAAUAGUAGCCAGUCACUUAUCUCUUAAUUGAAAAAUAUUCCGUCAACACCUCAUUUCUGUCAUGCUAAUCAUGGAGGAAUAAUCAUGGGACUAAUUCUAAUUCUAAUUCUCCAUGGGCUAAUGCGGAACGAUAGCAGAGUGAAAUAUAGCGCUGUAUAAUACGAUAAUACACAGGCCUAUAUCUUUUUAUAAAUUGAAAAUAAAAUUAAUGAUUUUCUUGUAACCUAUGUAAAUGUCACUCUUCAAAAUGUACCAAUACAUUUGUAGAUAUGAGUUUUAUACGUCACAUCAAGUUUAUUAUUUAACAGAAUAAUGUUUGUAACGCGGUGAUAAUUGUAAAUUUAAUGGAAUUGAAAACCGUACAUUUCAAGUU